CCACAGAAGCCGGCGAGGCGGACAGCAGUCUGGGCGCCGGAUUGUGAUGUUACACCCAAGGGCGCCGGCGCGGCGGACUGCGGUCUGGGCGAGGGAUUGUGACGUCACGACCAAUGGGCGUCUGCGCGGCGGAUGCUCUAGCCCGCUCCGCUCGGCGGGUGCUCUCACCUGCCCUGGAGGACCGCACUACGCCGGCCGGUCCUCCCGCGGAGCCUCGCGCGUCCAGGGAGGAGGGCUCGGUUCGCGGCCGCCGGGGUCCCUGGACGGAACCGGAGCUGCCCACCGUCGCACCCUCUGCGCCAUGGACCCCGCGCCCUCCGGCUCCAGAUUCCAGUCGGACCUGGACUUCUGUCCGGACUGCGGCUCCGUCCUGCCCCUGCCCGGGGCCCAGGACGCGGUCACCUGUGUGCGCUGUGGCUUCGGCGUCCCCGUGCGGGACUUCGAGGGGAAGGUGGUGAGGACCCGCAUCGUGUUCAACCAGGUGGGGACGGCGGUGCCCGCGCCGGUGCAGGAGGAGCCAGAGCUCCAGGGACCCGUGGUUGACAGGCGCUGCUCCCGAUGUGGUCACGAGGGAAUGGCCUACCACACCAGACAGAUGCGCUCAGCUGACGAGGGGCAGACCGUCUUCUACACCUGCACCAGCUGCAGGUUCCAGGAGAAGGAAGACUCUUGAUUUUCUUUCUGGGCACCUUAUCAGUUCUCCCUCUUCCUUGAAAGGGAAACAAAGCAGGAGCCCAGAUGCUGGGAGAUAAGCAGAUAACGUAACCAGAUGUGUCUGACGUGUGAGCUGGAACAAGGAGAAGUCUGAUACUAAGGUUUACCAGUAUAUGCUGAACACAUUGGACAUUUUGAAAAUUGUAUUUUUUUAUUGCUGUUGACAUAAAUGUAUAUUCAUUGUGAUAAAUUCAUAUAUGGAAAGGUAGAGUAAAAAAUGACAAGGAAUCCUACUUCAGAGAGAUACUUUUUUUUUUUUUUUUAAAUGGGCUUUACUACGAAUACAAGUUGUAUCUUGCUUUUUAUCACAUUGAACGAAAUUUUGUAGUCCGGCCACAAUAAACAUUCAAACUUAG